AUGGCGCAUAGCGUCCUCCAAGCCGCUCGUCGCGGCCCGUUGCACCCCCGCUUGCUUGUAACGUUCGUGUCGCUCCUCGCUCUGCUCCCCGCGGCUUGCUUUGGUGCCACGCGUGGGGUCACGUCGGCCACGCGUUCACGUGCGCCAUCUCCCAGAGUGCAGUAUGGUGAUUGCAUCUUCGCCCAUCAGCCUGGUCUGUAUGUUACCAACGCAAUCAUCAACUACACCUCGCAGCUCCUCACCUACUCACCCCACCAUCCAUCCGCCCAGCCCGAAUCCCAUUCCCGGCGCCCCUUCCUCCGGUCCUCCCCCGGACCCCCUACUCCCCUCAAGCCUGAUGAUUUCCCCACCCGGCCUCACCACCGCACUCUCUUCAGAGGGGUAGAUGAGGCGGAAUCUGGGGUGCUGGGGAGGGGUGGGGAAGAGGGAGAAGGGAAAGAUGUAGAAGUGGAGGAGGUAGAAGGGGAAGAGGUAGAAGAGGAAGAGAGAAGCGGGGAGCUGGGAGAAGGGGAAGAGGCAGAAGAGGAAGAGGGAAGUGGGGAGGUGGGAGAAGGGGAAGAGGAGAUGGUGCAGGUGGUAAAGGGAGUGGUUGGAGACGGUGCUUGGAGUGCUGCUCAUGCCUCAACCUUCACAGCUCCUGUUGGUGCUGGUGCUGUUAGUGGUGCUGGUGCUGCUAUUGGUGGUGGUGGUGGUGCUGCUGCCAGUGGUGGUGGUGCUGCUGCCAGUGGUGGUGGUGCUGCUGCCAGUGUUGCCGCUAGUGAGCAGCAAGCAGCACUGGAUGGGAGUUCCUUUGGACGCUACAACCUGACAGAGGCACGCAUAUUCCUGGCGCACCUUGCAGGGAAGGAAGGGUGCAUGUUUAACCGCAUAGCCCCUACCUCUGCACGUGGGGUUGACAUUGGCAAAUGGGUGUUUAGCCUCUGCACGUGGGAUUCCCAUUCCCAUGCCUCGAUCCGAUUCUACAUCAUAGCCUCGGCCAUGCAGUAUAAUGGCAGUCACACCGCCAUGCCGCAUCACAUUGGCCACCAACCCUCAUGCCCAGGUCCCUUCACCCUCCCACCCCUCCCAACUCCUCUGCACUCCUCCCAAACUCCCUCCAUCGCUCUCCACCCCCUCACAUCCCUCCAGGUGUGGGAUAGCUUUAUCAUAGCCACGGCCAUCUACCAACACUACAGCGGCAGCAUCACCGCUAUGCUGCAUCACAUCGCCCACCAACUCUCUACUGACUGGCGACCCCUCAUUCCUGCCUGGGCCUCCUGCCUUGGGGAUAUUGCUUCUCCUGCACCUAAUUCUGGCGCUGACGCUUCUCCAGCAUCAACCCUUUCUCCUGCUCAAGCUGUUGCCUACCCAGCUGUGUAA